AUGAAGCUUAAGACUUAUAUUUUCCCUUUGCUUUUAGUUCUUCUCCUAUCAUAUUAUUACGUAAAUGCUGCUGAAACAUCACAAGAUGAAAAAAAUGCUAAUGAAGUGAAAGAAGCAAGCAACCAGUACAACGGCGGCGGACACGGAGGCCGAGGCAGUGGAGAACAUUGUCAUUAUGGCUGCUGCGGCGGUUAUAGCAAACGUGGUUGCCAGCAAUGUUGCACCCCUCAAGAAAGUGUUGUAGUGGCCGGUGAUGGUGAUGGUUAUGGUUAUGGAUACGGGUGGGGAGGACGUGGCGGUUGGGGUGGACGUGGUGGUGGCGGUUGGGGUGGACGUGGAGGUGGUGGUGGCGGUCGACGCGGAGGUUGCCGAUAUGGAUGUUGUAAUCGUGGUAGAUAUGGAAAUUGCUACGAAUGUUGUUACUCAGCUGCAGAAGCAAAAGCCUAUUAUGAAAAUGAAGUUCAACCAUAA